UACGAAGCGAGCUUGAAGAGCGAUGGAGAGCGAGGGUUCGAAGGGCAUGGCUAUGGUCAUUGCCGGAGGUGCGGUGCUGGUGCCACUUCUCUUCUGGUUCUUGAGAUGGGUCAACGAGAGGAGGUUCGUCGGAGGGCUUAGCUCCGGAAAUGGUGUUGCGAAGCUCCCUCCUGGGUGCAUGGGCUGGCCGCUGAUUGGGGAGAUGAUUGACUUCUUGUGGUGCUUCAAGUUCUCGAGAAAGCCUGAUGAUUUCAUCUCCAGAAGGAAAUUAAGGUAUGGAGAUACUGGCAUCUAUAGGACUCAUCUAUUCGGAUAUCCAGUAAUAGUAACAUGCUCCCCAGAGUUGAACAAGCAAGUUCUAGGUAGUUUGACUGAGGAUGGAAGUUUCAGCACGGGAUGGCCAAGCAGUCAGCUUAUAGGAAAUUCGUCAGUGGCAGUCGUGGAUGGUCCAUUGCACAAGGGGUUACGGAGAUGUCUAAUGCAGGCUGUCAAUAGCCCAAGUGCACUUGAUUUUCAUCUAAGGACUGCACAACCUCUAUUAAUUUCAGCUUUAGAAGAGUGGGCAUUCAAGAGAAAAGUUGUUGCUUUUGAGGAGACUAAAGCUGUGACAUUUCGCAUAAUCUGUGAUGCCCUUGUCAGCUUCAAAUCAACGGCACUUCUUGAUAAGAUGGAAUCUCUUUAUCGAGGAAUAAUGGCAGGUAUUCGAGCCAUGACCAUCAACAUUCCAGGAACUGCAUUCCAUCAUGCUCUCAAGUGUAGGAAAGAAUUGUCAAGAAUCUUAUUGGAUGAAAUGAGGAAGAGAAGAGAAGAGAAGAUUCAAAAAAUGGAUUUUAUGCAAACCCUAAUGGAUUAUGUUGAUGAGAAUGGAAACAGGUUGAAUGAUGUUGAGGUUCUAGAUAACAUCUUUUCAUUGAUCUUAGGUGGCUAUGAAUCUACUUCCAAUGUAAUGACAUGGAGUCUUUAUUACUUAGCUAAAUACCCUCAGAUACUUGAGAGAGUCAAGGAAGAAACUCAUGCAAUAAAGAAACUCAAGACCGAAGAGUCACUUCUUACAUAUGAAGAUAUAAAAAAAAUGAAGUAUACCUCAAAGGUGGUUGAAGAGUUAAUUCGCCUGGCAAAUGUUUCACCCUUCAUUUUUCGGAGAGUUGUGAAAGACGUAGUUGUUGAUAGAUACAAAUUUCCAAAAAACUGGAAGGUUAUUGUGUGGAUUCGAGCCAUUCACAUUGAUUCUAAAUACUACGAUGAUCCCUUAACAUUCAAUCCAGACAGAUGGAAUGACUGCAAGCCAAAAGCAGGAACAUAUUCAGUCUUUGGUGCAGGAAUGAGAUACUGUCCCGGAAACAACUUAGCAAGGCAUCAAUUGAUGAUGUUCAUAUACCAUGCAUGUCUUAAAUACAAGUGGGAGCUACUGAAUCCAGAAGCUGGCAUUGUUUUUCAGCCACACCAACGGCCGCGAGACGGAGCUGAGAUGUUAUUCAGUCAAGCUGACUGAUAAAAGAUGUUCAUACCAUGCUUGCAAGUAAGAAUGAUAGAACUUCAUCUCUAUAUUAUUAUAUAUCAUAAGUUUCUUUUU